AUGUCGGCUUUUCGUUGUCUCAUUUUGAUGGGAAAACACUUCUGCAACGAGAAGGCAGUGAAUGGGGCUUCCUCAGCAGAGGCUAUUCGAGAAGCCAAAGGAAGUUGUUUGGGUCGUGUCCCGUUCACGUCCGUGAUCGGAUUUGUGCUCAUCCUGGUCGGUGGUGGAGUUCUGUGUGGUUCACUCUACCAUGGCCUAUCACGCACGGAUACCUAUAUGCGCGAUCACUUCUUCCCCAUCUACUCACUACAGUAUCUACGUAUCGCUGCUGUGGUCAACGGAUCAGUGACCAUAGUCCUCGCAUUCAUCAUUGUCAUCUUUGCCACCCUGGUGACCAGUGCCACACGUGGUCGUAUCUAUCGUGGUGAUCGAUGUAUCAUGGGCGGUCGAUUAUCUGCAGCUAUGGGAGCCAGAGACGUGUGCACGUAUCUAUUUGUGCGUGUGUUUCUUGUUAACUCUGAUCUGUAUCCAUACCCGAUCAUGAUGAUAUGGGAUUAG